UUAGUAAGUCGACAUCAGCGUUUAUGGUUGCAUAGAAUAUCAUACGAGACAAAACGCUUGCCAAGUAACAUUAGUGACGUAACAGCCUUGGAUAACUUUCAAUAUUUCUCUAUGAAAAUUAAAGAUUUAAUGGAUAAGGAACAAUUGGAAUAUUUUGACAAUGUUUUGAAAAAAGUUGUAAAUAUCCAACAUCCCGUUGCAGACUUAAUGAACGACAAAUUGCACAGUCCAAUCUUAGAUCUGAUCAUGAUGCUUAUCACAAAUGUUGUAAACAUUGAUGCAGAUGACUCAGACAUUAAAAAGAAACAAAAAACACUCGCCAAUGUCAUUCAACUUAUUCACAUUGGGAGUCUUGUACAUCAGAAAGGAAUUGUUGACUUGCAUGCGACAGAAAAUUUCGGUAAUGAUUUGCCGGAAGAUCAUGAUUUAAUUAUGGGAAAUAAAAUGGCACUUCUUGCUGGUGAUUUUCUCUUGGCAAAUGCACAAAUAAAAGUCACACAAAUGAGAAACGACGCACUUUUGUUAUUGAUUUCAAGUGCUAUUCGUGACAUAAUUGAUUCAAAUUUCAUUGGAAAUUAUGAUGGGAAUUGCAAUCCUUUACCGUUCAAACCUGGUCAAACACCAGUCAUUAUUAAUACGAAAUUCCUUCGAGAAUGGGAACCUAUUCGAGUGGAAGGAAAGUCAGGAAAUGCUGAAGAUGAAUGGAUGAUGAGAAAUCUUUCAAACCGAGGUUUUCUUGCUGCAAAAGGAUGUCAAGGUUUGGGAAUAUUAGCGAAGAAAUCUCAAGAAGUUCAAGAAAAAUGCUUCGAGUUAGGGAAACAUCUUUAUCUAACAUGGAAAGUUUUCACAGAGCUUGAACCUUAUAGAAGUAGAAAUGUCGCUGAAAGUUUUGAAGUCAAUGUGACAAGUGCACCAUUUUUGUUUCAUUUACAUGAGAAUCCAAAGAUGUUUGAAAUUAUUAGAAGAGAUUUAUAUUCACUGCAGGAUAUCACAGACAACAAACUUUAUAAUGUGAUACUUAAUGGACCAGGAGUUGAAUCAACAGAAAAAUUACUUAAAAGACUCGUCAAUCAAACCCAAAGAAAAAUCCAAAACUUUCCAGACUCAAAUGAACGACGGAAAAUUGAAGAGACGUUAUCAGCUUUUGUAUAA